GCUCGAGCGCUCGCCGCACACGCACGUUUGCACCGCGCCGCCUCAGUGACAGUGAUCCUACCGCUACUUUAGAUAAUCGAAUCGGUCGCGGUCCUUGUUGGUGAUAAAGUAUCGGCUCGGGUCGAUCCGCGUCGUAUCGACUCUCUUUCCCGACGAUACACCAAGAGUGCAUUACCGAAGGAGAGUUACCGUCGCGACUAGUGCAGUGACGGUACCGAGAUGAGGCCCAAGGAUGAGACGGACACGAAGCUCCAGACGGGGACCUUCAUCCUCUCUGAGAAAAUUGACGACACCAAGACGAAGAAAAGCGAGAAGGAAAUCAAGAAGGAGAUGAAGCGACUCGAGAAGGAGAAGCAGGAGCGAGAGAAAAGGGAAAAGAAGGCGCGGGAAAAGGAAAAGGAGCGCGAGAAACAAGCAAAGAAAGGCAAGGUUGUGUGCGGCGCGUGCGGCGGCAAGUGCAGCGGCGAGGUGCUGCGCGUCACCGACAAGUACUUCCACACGGCGUGCUUCACGUGCCGCGCAUGUUCCGCCUCGCUCGCACGCGGCGGCUUCUUCUGCAAAGACGGACACUACUACUGCCCACAGGACUACCAGCGCGCGUUCGGCACGCGGUGCGCGGCGUGCGGCCAGUACGUGGAGGGCGAGGUGGUCAGCGCGCUCGGCAACACCUACCACCAGAAAUGCUUCACAUGCGCGCGCUGCAAACGCGCGUUCCCGUCGGGCGAGAAGGUGACAUACACGGGGUCGGAGGUGAUCUGCGGCGGGUGCGCGGCGCCGCAGCGGCACACGGCGCGCGCCGCCGCCUCCCCCGCCUCCCCCACCACACCGGCCUCCCCCGGCUCCCCCGGCUCCCCCGCCUCGCCGCGCUCCCCCGGCUCGCCCGCAUCCCCCGACAGAGAUGACGUCGACCAGCGCCAGCCGGACCCCAAUGACUGCGCGGGCUGCGGUCAGGAGCUGUCGGAGGGGCAGGCGCUGGUCGCACUCGACAGGUCAGCUUAACUCAUAUUAUCGCUAGAUUUAUGUUAAUGUUCAU